UGUCCUCGACGAGGUAUUUGAACGGGCGGCGUUCUCACAUUCUUCUCUCCUCUUUGCUUGAUUUUCGCCUUUUGCCUUCACCUUUGAGUUACGCCUUUGCUGUGGGCGUGCGGGUUCGAGAAAGAGAGAAGCGGCGGGCAGCUCAAAAGGAAAGGGAUCUGCUGAUACAGAGCGGGGUUUUGUCGGGUGAUUCGUUUCUUGUGGACAAUCUAAGAUUGAAGGUUGAAGUGCGGAGUUAGGUUUUGCCUCUCGAUUCGAUCACUCAAGGUAGUUGAUCAUUGUUCGUUGGGUUUGUGCUGCUAUUUAUUUACCUCUCCAGCGGUUUCUAUUCUUUCUUUUCUUUGUCGUGGUUUAGUUAAGCCAGAUGUCAUUUGACUCAUUCCGGAGCAUUGUUCGUGAUGUGAGGGAUAGUGUUGGUAGUUUAUCAAGGCGGAGUUUCGAAAUGAGACUUUCAGGUUUUUCUGGCCGUCAUAAAGGAAAAUCUCAAGGUUCUGUGCAUAAUGCAUAUGAACCCCAUCAAGAUAUUCAGCAAAGCCGCUGGGCUACUCUUCCUCCUGAGCUACUUUGUGAUGUGAUUAAAAGGUUAGAGGAAAAUGAAGCUGCAUGGCCAUCACGCAAGCAUGUUGUCUCGUGUGCAGCUGUGUGCAAAUCAUGGAGGGAGAUGUGUAAAGAGGUUGUUAGAAGUCCAGAAUUUUCUGGGAAGCUCACUUUUCCUGUAUCAUUAAAACAGCCUGGAGCUCGAGAUGGGGUAAUCCAGUGUUUCAUCAAGAGGAAUAAGUCAAAAUCAACGUAUCAUCUCUACUUAUGUCUUAGUCCAGGUGUGCUUGUUGAGAAUGGGAAAUUUCUCUUAUCAGCUAAGAGAAAUCGGAAACCAACCUGUACUGAAUACACCAUUUCGAUAGAUGCUGGCAACAUAUCAAGGUCAAGCAGUACUUACAUCGGGAAGUUGAGAUCAAAUUUUGUUGGGACAAAGUUCAGAGUCUAUGAUACUCAGCCUCCAUACAAUGGGGCUGCUAUUUGUCCUCCUGGCCGAACUAGCCGUAGAUUCUACUCAAAGAAAGUGUCGCCUAAGGUGCCAUCAGGAAGCUAUCCCAUAGCUCAGGUGACAUAUGAAUUGAACAUCCUUGGAACUCGAGGACCACGACGAAUGCAUUGUGUUAUGCACUCUAUUCCAGCAUCCGCUCUUGAGCCUGGCGGCACAGUCCCUGGGCAGCCUGACAACCUAGUCACACGCAGCUUGGAUUCUUUCCGUAGUCUCUCCUCCAUUUCCUCUUACAUAGACCGCUCUUAUGAUUUCAACAGUAUGCGAUUCUCGGAUAUUACUGGAGCUGAAGACAGGGAUGCGGAGGCUGAUACUAAUAAGGAAAGACCGUUGGUACUCCGGAACAAGCCGCCCCGUUGGCACGAUCAACUGCAAUGCUGGUGUCUCAACUUUCGUGGCCGUGUAACGAUUGCCUCUGUGAAGAAUUUCCAGCUCAUAGGUGCACCACAACCUGCUGCUGUCGGUCCAGCAACAACGGCACAGCCAGCUGCACCUGGUCAUGACAAGAUUAUCCUGCAGUUUGGGAAGGUCGCUAAAGAUAUGUUCACAAUGGACUACCGGUACCCGCUUUCUGCUUUCCAAGCCUUCGCUAUCUGUUUAAGUAGUUUCGAUACCAAAUUGGCCUGUGAAUAGAAUGAUCAAAAGUUAAGAAAAAAAAGGAGGAUAAGUAAUCAUCCUAAUGUCGUUUUGUUAAUAUUCAUGCUUGUUAUUGUAAAACAGAAGCACCUGCAAUGUAGUUCUUUUCCUUGAAAACUAAACUUGACCAUAA